GUGAGCUGCCUGCUUCUGCCUGAGCCCAGCACGAAGUGUUUUACCGGUAAAACAUGGAAAUGACACCUGCACGCCGUUCGUUUCUUUGCGAUACCGGUUUGUGGGCAGACCGGACUGCCCUGCAUGAAGCAGCGUCCCACGGCAGGGCCCUGCAGCUGAAACAGCUGAUAGAAAGUGGAGCAUCCGUCAACAUGGUGACGGUGGACAACAUCACUCCGCUUCAUGAAGCCUGCAUACAAGCUCGUCCGAACUGUGCCCGGCUGCUGCUGGAAGCUGGAGCCCAGGUGGAUGUAAGGACCAUCCAUGGCAGCACUCCUCUGUGUAACGCCUGUGCUUCUGGCAGCCUGGAGUGUGCCAAGAUGCUUUUAGAGUACGGAGCUAAAGUCAACCCCUCCCUCACAGCUCUCACCGCCUCGCCCCUCCACGAGGCCUGCAUACAAGGUAAUGUUGAAGUGGUGAAGUUGAUGAUAGCCAGUGGUGCCAAGCUCGAGGCAUAUGAUGUCCACUUCGGUCCACCCCUCCACAUCGCAUGUGCCAAAGGACACAUUGCCUGUGUCAAGGAGGUGCUUAAUGCAGGUGCCAAAGUUAAUUCAGUCAAGUUCCACGAGACAGCUUUGCACCACGCAGCACGAGUCAACAUGGUGGACAUGGUCGAGCUGCUGGUGGAGUUUGGAGCCAAUGUCUACGCCAGUGACAACAUGGGUAGAAAGCCUGUAGACUACACAACACCUGCGUCUCCCGCUCACACCUGCCUCACCUUUUAUGAAAGUAAUCCCCUGAGCCUGCAGCAGCUUUGUAGAAUCGCUGUGAGGAUGAUGCUGGGUGCCAGAGCCUCAGAGGUCAUAGGUCAGCUGGACAUAUCCCACCGCAUCCACAGCUACCUCCAGUACUGUGACCAUCCCACAUCACUGGAGUGAAUGGAUUUCUAAACCUGUGUGAGAGACUCAUGUUUGAUUUUAAAUCCAACACCUCUAACAAGGAGCAUCAUGGACAGCAUAUCUAUAUAUAAUUUAAAAUAUGUUAUGUUUCCACCAUAUUUCUGGAAGGCAUGUCAUGU